CCGGGAAACAACCCCCGGAAGUUUAAAGCCCUUCAUUAUUAAAGAAAAUGGCGAGGUUUUGUCUGGAGUUGUGAUGACUGAUGACCAUAUUUGAACAAAAUGUCUGAUAUAAAACCUGGUCGAAUUCACAAGAAAGACAGAGACAGUAUAAGUGGCUCACCAAAUACGGCUGCUUUGAGAAAGAUUAUAACCACAGACGUAGAUGUUCUGCAAUUUAAGACUUUUCCGGAACUUAUUAAAGGUAUUCAGCCAAUUCAAUACGAAAAGGAAUUGGCUGCCAAAAAAUUGCUAAUAAAUGGUGACCCACAUCAAAACCUACUGAAAAUACCCGAAGAUAAUUUGGUAGUGAAUAUUCCUCUUGACAUUCGAACAGAAUAUAGCAGUGUUCCAAGAACUGCCAAAUCUGAAGCACAGCGUUUAUUUGUGAAAGAGUGCAUAAAGACGUACACAUCAAACUGGCAGACAAUUGAAAAUAAAUAUUCCCAAUAUAGUGGCAGCUACAACCAGUUAUACAAAGAUGUUGAUCUUACUGUACUUUUGGAGCAGAAGUUUGAAAUUGAUCUGGAUUCAGAAGAAGGCACAAAUGUCACCGAAUUGUACAUGUCUCCUCGUAAGGAGGUUGGCUUGGCAAAACAUGGCUACCUAAACAAAGCUCCCUUUCAUAGCGAAAGUGAUGGUCUCUUUAGUGGCAAGACAUUCAAAAGGCGAUGGUUCUCUUUAAAAGAAAUUUCUAAUGAUGGUUCAUAUGUCCUGGAGUAUAGGAAGGAUGACAACCCGAACUCCACUGCGAAAGGAUCUAUAUACCUUGAUGCAUGCACGGAAAUCACGAGGGGCGUCCGGGGUAAGAUGCAUGGUUUUGAGAUACGUAUUCAGGACAAAAUAUACAGCCUUGUUGCGGACACACAAUCUGAAAUGGAGUCAUGGCUAAGCGUACUCUGUAAAGUUACUGGUAUAGAUAUGGCCACAGGAAAAUCAAAAUCAGCUUCUUCUGGGGGAUGGUUUAGUGGAAAGAAUAAAGUAUUAAAAAACACGAAUUUUCGUGAAAGUUUGAAACAAAGUAAACAUCCAGAGUUGAUGGAGUUUGCCCGGGAAACUGAUCAGGUGAACGCCAAACGCCGUCAGGAGGGGAGAAAUAAGAUAUUUUCGUUAAGUUCGUUAUCUCCUAAUGUGAAUGAAACUACGGAAGAAACUAAGCAGAUUAGAUUACCUUACGAGAGAUUUGGUAAAAGAUUUCUAGUGCAUUGUGGUGAUCUGAAAUUUCGAUUAUCGCGCAGUUUUGAUAGUUCUUCUUCAGUGAAUAUUGAACCAUUCUUCAUAACCUUGGCUUUAUUUGAUGUGAAAGAAAAUAAGAAAAUCUCUGAGGAUUUUCAUUGUGACGUUAAUGACACAAUUGUUUCACAGAUGUUGCCUUCUCCUGAGAAUGUAUCUAAUGGUAGUAAUGGCGUGAAUGAACAUCAUUUUUCUUUUCCUAAGAAAGCAAUAUUUUCGGUAACAUACCCACACCCUGACGUAUAUCUUGUGUUGAGAAUUGAGAAAGUUCUUCAAGGUGGAAUAACCAGUUGUACAGAACCAUAUAUGAAAUCAGGUGAUGCUUUGAAGAAAGGGGCGACGAAAGCUUACCGUAGUGCGGAAAUAGCAUGCCAGACAUUAUCGAAAUAUAGGAUGCCGUUUGCACUUGCAACAAGACCAUUAUUCAAAAACAAUCAAGGUGACUUGGAUGAAGAAAAAGAAUGGUCACCAGUUUAUAAACAGGAUAGUGGCAAACUAAGUGACGAUGAAUUACUGAAAUUAUUAGAAGAUAUGGCUGGGAAAGAGAAAUUUAAGCAACAAAUUAUUCCAGCAACGAUCAAAAUUGAUGUGACGUCUUUGCCUAAAGAACUUCAAAAUUCUAUGACGUCAUCAUUAUUACCAGUGCGACCAUUCAAUGAUAAGAUAAAAAUUGAACCAACACUGGAAGUCCAGGAGUUUGUUCCCGUCAUUCCAGACGCCGUUCAUCCGCAUAUGGUCUACACUAACAACUUCUACGUCUAUCCACUGAUGUUGAAUUUUAAUAAUCAGAAAGUUUAUUCCAAGGCAAGGAAUAUCGCUGUCACAGUGGAGUUCAAGGAAUAUGACAGUCUUGGUUCUUCGCCAUUAAAGUGUAUUUACAACCGGAGUGGAUGUGUAGUUCCGUCUUUCACGAAAGCUGCAAACACUACGGUUCUUCAUCAUUGCACGAAUCCAACAUUUUAUGACGAGAUCAAGAUUUGUUUACCAGUUCAUGUUCACGAGAAACAUCAUCUGUUCUUCAAAUUUCAUCACGUAAGUUGUGAACAGAAGAAGGCAGCAAGUGGAUCAAAUGCGUCUGUAAGGGGAAAGGCUGCUGUGGAGUCUGAAGUUGGAUACGCCUGGUUGCCUCUUCUUAAAGAUGGCAGGGUUGCACAUUCAGAAUUAAGCAUUCCUGUGGCAACUUUAGCUCCUGAUGGAUAUUUGAAUUCCCGUGUUGGCGGAUUAGGAAAGAAUAUUGGGCCGGAUGUAAAAUGGCUGGAUGGUGGUAAGCCACUUCUGAAAAUCUCGACUAAAGUUGUCUCCACUGUUCAUACACAGGAUGUGCAGAUAGACAGCUUGUUUCGUCAUUUACAAGAAUCGGAUGGAACACCGGCCAGUGAACGAGAAACCUCGAACCUGUUAAAGCUUCUCUUUGCUGCUGAUAACAGUUUAAUUAUUGAAUAUCUUCCAACGAUAUUAAAUCAACUUUUCCAUGUCCUGAUUGUUACAAAACUUAGUGAAGUGACCAAGAACACUGUCAGAGUUUUAGUGAGAUUUGUAUCGCAGCUUCAUGAUGUGAACCGUAGUGAUGUCCUGCAUUCCUAUGUCAAGUAUUCGUUUGUAACUGACCAGUUAUCUGGUUUUGACAAAACUGUUUACGAGGAACUAACCAAAGGGCUGUUGGAAUUUUUGAAACCCGGAGCAGAUUCAACGAUAACUUCAAGUUUUUUAAAACAUGCCUGGUGGUUUUUUGAAGUAAUACUGAAAAGCAUGGGAAGCGAACUAAUUCAAAAUGGAAAACUGCAGAGUAACCGUGAAACCAGAUACAGCAAGUUAUUUUAUGAGAGUCUGGAACAUCUACUACAACUUUUCGUACCACAAAUCUUACGACGGUUGAAGGAUGAAGCAAAUGUUGCCAAGGAAGCAAACAUACACAUGGCAUAUUUUGUAAAGGGUUGUUUUACUUACAUAGACCGUGGGUUUGUUUUCCAAAUGAUAUCAUACUACAAUGAACAAUUUAAAGACGCCGACACUCAGAUGAUGGAAUUUAGGUUUGAUUUUCUGAAAAUAAUAUGCCAACAUGAGCAUUAUAUUCCGCUUAAUUUACCAUUGGAUUGUCGUGCACUUGGUGAUCUGUACGACUUUGAGCUCACAGAUAGCUACUGUAAAAAUCACUUUUUAUGUGGAAUGCUUCUUCGUCAGGUCAGUCAAGCUCUCGUAGGAGGAAGGCAUAUUCGUAAAAUGUCUAUUCGAAUACUUCGGGAUUUAUUAAUCAAACAUGAAUUGGAUGAUCGAUAUUCUGAAAAGGAGAGACAAUCUCGUAUAGCGGCACUCUAUCUUCCAUUUCUUACCAUCACACUGGAACACGCUGGUAGGUUCCCUGGCAGUCAUCAUUCUGAGAAAACCUGGUCAUCGUCACAAACGAUGCUUGCAUCGAAUGAUCAAAAUACAGACGGUACCUCAGGGUCUGAUUCAUAUCCUCCAAGUAUCUCCUCACGAACCACAACGAUUGCCUCGUUGUCUGAAGCUGCCAGCAGAAUCAAUGCUCAGGUUCCGUUUGAUGACGAGGAAACAAAAGAUUUGGUCCUCUGUGUGUUGUAUAUUGUAAAGAAUUUGGAACAAACUAUUGUUCUGGAUUGGUUCAAGCAGAUCUCGAGCUCAAAUUCAAAAUUAAAUUCCUGGAACACCCCAUUCAGUACUAUACGACCUCAACAGGACAAGUUGUUAUCAAAAUUUUCGUCUGUUAUUGACUUCUUUGAUUUGCUCCAACUUAGUGUGAAACAUCUUCAAUAUCGAGGGAAGGCCAGUUCUCCAAAGCAAGCCACCAAAUCGUAUUUGGAGCAAAAAUAUCAGGAUAAUAUUCGUCCAACUCGUGCCUCGUUGAAAAGCCAAAAUCAAGCUGUGUCAUAUGUUGAUUCUCAAAUUCGAGUUCUAAUGGAAGGAAAUUUUGCAAACGAGCUUGGCCUUGUUGUUCUGGAUUUGGUCGAGCUAUUUUCCUCUCACUUUCGGUUUCACAUGGAAAAAGACGAGGGAAACAAUGUCUUGAUGAGUAAGGUUUUUGGUGUUCUUUUGACAUUCCUGCAAGUGGGUCAAUCUGACAUAAUGCUAAAACAUGUGUUUGCUAGUCUGAGAUCAUUUAUCCACAAGUUUCCAACGGCUCUAUUUAAAGGAGCGGGAGAUCACUGUGGUCGUCUUAUAUACGAGGUUCUACGAUGUUGCAGUUGUAAGCUAGAAAUGGUUCGGCAUCAGGCUCACUCACUGCUGUAUUUAUUAAUGAGAAGUAAUUAUGAAUAUAGUGGUGGGGCUGGUUGCAUUCGAGUACAUCUGCAGGUUUUAGUCGCUGUCUCAAAGUUGAUUGCUUUGGGCCAAGAUAGUUCUUCAAUGAGCAGAUCAUUAAUUGCUUUGAGGAAUUAUGUGAAUGGCGAUAAAGCAUUAGAGUUCACGUCACUUAAUAUUGAAGUAAAAGAUCUCAUCAAGAAAGUUCACACCGUGCUUCAGGCUACAUCUCGAAUGAAGGAAUAUGGCGACAAUGUGGAAAUGUUAGUGGAUCUGCAAUACAGUUUAGCCAAGUCAUAUUCGAGCACACCAGAGCUUCGCAAAACCUGGCUGGAAAAUAUGGCUGCAAUACAUGAACAACAUAACAAUUAUUCAGAGGCUGCCCAUUGUCACAUUCAUGCCGCUGCUUUGGUUGCAGAAUAUUUAAAACGAAAAGGAUCGUAUCCUGAAGGAUGUGAAGCAUUUCGUAAUGUCUCACCAAACAUUGUACCAGACGAAAGUGUGAUGAAAAAUGAUGAAGGAUUGGUGAAUGAACAAAGAUAUGCCACUAACAAUCUUGUUGAACUGUUAGAGAGAAGUGCAGAUCUUCUUGCCCAGGCGGAACGUUAUGAAGUCACUGGUGAAAUAUAUAAACUGGUUAUCCCUGUUUAUGAACAGGACAGAAAUUUUAACGCAUUGUCAAUUGCUUACAACAACUUGUCUCAAGCAUAUUCUAAAGUUGUGGCGGCAAUGGCGUCUCGUAAAAGAUUGCUUGGAUCUUACUUUCGAGUGGCGUUCUUCGGAGAGGAGUUUGGUUUGGACAAUCGAAAGCAGUUUAUCUACAAAGAACCGAAAGUGACAAGUUUAAGUGAAAUUUCAUCAAGAUUGGAGAAACUUUAUAGCGCCAAGCUUGGAAGUGGUAAAGUAAAACUUAUCCUGGAAUCUGCUAAGGUCAACGUUGAGAAGUUAGAAAGUGGGGUUAAUUAUAUUCAGAUAACAUUCGUGGUGCAGUAUUUUGAAGAUGAUGAGUUAAACGAGCGACCAACUGUGUUUGAGAGAAAUAACAACAUUCGACGAUUUUCAUUUGAAACCCCGUUCACUAAAACUGGCAAAAGUCAUGGAUCCCUCGUGGAACAACUCAAACGAAAGACAAUAUUGACGACAUCUCACUGCUUUCCAUACGUCAAAACACGAAUCUUGGUCGUUCAAGAAGAACAAUAUGAACUUACUCCGAUAGAGGUUGCGAUUGAUGAAAUGCACAAGAAAGUUCAGGAAAUAACAGAAGUGACGAUUUCGAUCCCUCCUGAUAUGAAGAAAUUACAACUGAAACUUCAAGGAAGUGUUGGCACUCAGGUAAAUGCUGGUCCUUUAGCAUAUGCUAAGGCUUUCCUUCAUGAAAAUGUAGUUCGUGAUCAUCCUCCAAAACUUGUCUCGAAGCUUAAAGUUGUUUACAGAGAUUUUAUUCGCUGUUGCGGUGCGGCUCUGGAUUUGAAUGACCAGCUUAUUCAAGCUGACCAAAAAAUGUACCAAGAAGAUUUGAAAGACAAAUACUCCUCUAUGAGACAUGAGUUGGCUUCAUAUAUUGAUUUAAACCUGGCUUCCUCAAGUUGUAGUCUGUCUUCUAUUGGUUCUUCCAAAGCCUAGUGUCAUGUGAAGAUAAGUUCAUUAAUAGCUAGUACAUCUCAUAUGAUAUAAUUAAAUUACAGUGUCUGGAUACACAAAAAUUACCAAGUUGCCGUUUUUUUAGACGUCACGUUUAGUUGGCCUCGAAUGCAAUGAAGACAGUAGAUGAGAUGAUAAGGCCAUGCAUAUUAACCCUUUUUAUUAUAUCUUUAUCCACUGUCCAUAGUUGUAUUCGAUGCAUCGGGGAUCGACGUCUAUAAAACAGGUGCAUGCAAGUGAGCCAGAGAUGGUUUUCAUAUAUCAUAAUAAAUUUUCAGAUUAUACAGUCUUACUGAUACAUGAAUAGAUGACUUUACUUAUCUGAAAAUAGCUGGGACUUUGGUCGUCAGUGUCAGCCAAAAAGUGUUCCUUAAAAAUGAAUAUUGAAUUCCGGCCAGAGACUUUCAUACAAGACAAUUAGGAAUUUUGUUGUUAAUUUUUCUUUGUAAAUCUUCAAAGUACGCUGAAAAAUUUUGUUUUCUGUUUGUUUAUCGUAUCUGAAUUCUGUAACAGCUUGAUGAAAACACAGAAUCUCUAAAAUAUCUUGUAUGAAAGUUUUCUCAGUUCCAGACACUGCUUAUUUCUCAACCUUUGAUGCUUGGCUGUUAGCGUUACUGAAUGCUUAUUCCCCCCCCCCCAAAAGUAUAUUUGUUUAUCAAUUCUUAUUUAUUUGAUUCUAAAUCUUUACCAAAAUUGUGUUAUAGUUUUAAUUUCUAUACCUGACAUUAGGUAAAUCAAUCUUGUUAAUCCAGAAAUUUUAAUUGAACAAUAGUAUUUUAGAUAAAUAAUUAAUAAAUGCUAACUAUAACUAGCUAGGUUUGUUAGUCAAAAUAAGAAGGGUUUUUUUACAUAAGAAAAUAUAUUGUAUUUUGCAACCCGUAUGCAUGACAUAUGGGUAAUAUAUAGCUAUAAUUUGUGGCGCACUCCAACGAAAUUUAUUUCUUGACGUGAAACAUGUAACAUCGUCGGUCUACCAACAAUGCAUUGCAGGCGUCACAUAUAAUUAAAGAAAACACCCAACAAAAAUGAAUCUUAACAAGCAGAAUAAGUUGUGUCUCUGGUUCGGGUGUCAUCGAUUACCGCCUGGAACACCUCGUUCUUUUCGUUAAUACUUAGCUGCACUUACGAUAUUUUCUUAUGUAUAUGUAAACCAAAAUUUGUUAAUAUUUAAUAUUAAAUAUAAAUAAUGUAAUACACCUAAUGUUAAAUUUAUUAUAAAUUUUGCACAUUGAAUGAUAGUCGUUACGUAGCUGACCAUUCUAUAGAAAAGGUCGUAACUAUAUAGCGCGAUAAUUCUUUAUAUAAUUCUAUAUACAGUAUAACUAGCUCGAUAAUUCAAUUUUAUAUGGUACCAUAGUAUGGUGAUGUUUUUACAGCAAUUAAACAGUGUUUCCAUAUCAUACAUACAACCAUGAUAUACAUCGACAGUUCGUUAACUGCGAACCUAUAGAGUCUAGCAAUC